UCCCACCUUCCUUACUUCAGGCUAUAUAUAUUCUUUUCAAUUGCAACCAAGGUUACAAUGGCAUCAAGCGAAAUUACAGCUGCACUGGAUGAAAUUUUACCCUUUCUGGAUGUUCUCACACCUGUUGAUUACAAAUUAAAAAUUUUGGAUUACAUUCUUGGAAUGACUGGAACAACAGACGGAUUGGCAUCGUUAUUGAAAAACACGAAGCUGAUAAAUGCACUUGUUGAUAUUAUUCCCAAUGAUAAAAAUGACAAAGUAAGACUGGAAGCUUUAAAGGUUUUGGUUAAUUUAACGUCAGGAACUAUCAAUGACAAAAUAUUGACACAAUUAAUCAAUGCUGACUUUGUUACAUUUUUGCUUCGUGCAGUUCUCGUAAACGACACAGACUGCAGUGACAUGAUUGCUAUGUUGUUAUCCAAUUUGACCCAAACAACAACUAAUUCCGAGGUUGUUUUCAAGUGUUUACAAGAAGAUAAGGAAUAUGUUUCUAUUAAAAAAUUAGUGGAUGCUUUUUGUAUUGAGGACUAUAACAAGUCAUGUAGUCUUCAUCACUUGGGAUUUUUGUUUGCAAACAUUACAGUUCUGAAAGACGCAAGACUGAUGUUUCUUAAAAAGGAUGAUGGCAUAUUAACAAGAUUACUUCCAUUUACUCAAUAUGAGAAGUCCGGUGUUAGAAGGUUAGCCAUUGCAAGGAUUAUCAAAAAUUGCCUAUUUGAAACAGAAUACCAUGAUUGGUUAAUUGAAGAAGACAAUGACAUUCUCACGCACUUGCUCCUUCCAUUAGCUGGUCCAGAAGAAUUCACAGCUGAAGAAAAUGAUGAGCUCCCUCUCGACCUACAGUACUUACCGCCAGACAAACAACGUGAAACAAAUCGAGAAAUUGUAAUGUUGUUGGUGGAGUCGUUAUUUCAGCUGUGUGCGACCAAGGAAUGUCGUUUGAAAAUGAAGAGUACUGGAUGUUAUUACAUCAUGCGAGAACUCCACAAAUGUUGCGAUGAGAAAGAUGAUGUGCUAAAUCAAAUGUUAGAAAAUAUAAUUACUGUUUUGAUUGGGGACGAACCAGAAGAAGGACUUGAAAAUUUAAGAAAUGUCGAAGUACCAUCACAUAUUGCAGAAAAACUCAAUCAACUUUCAACGUGACUUUAGGCGCGGGUAAAUCCUAUCCUUUGAGUUCAUUUAUUGUGGAAAUUUUUACCCAAAUUAUUAUAAACUCUAUGUAUAUUCAAUAAUUUACGAUUUUAUUGUCUUAAAGAAACAGUAAAACCCACUUUC